AUGGCCAAAUACUGCUUCUUUCACUAUUACCAAAACUACUGCUACGACCACUGCGGCUCCCCCCACCAGGGACGGCGAGGCUUGGAUCCGCCGCGCAGCCUUCGCUCCUCCGCCUGGACUAUGCCCGAGAUGGAGAAGGGCAGACCCGCGGAGAAUAAGCGCAGUAGGAAGCCAGCGCACCCGGUGAAACGAGAGCUCAACCAUGAGAUGAAGACGUUUGCAGAGAGCACCAUGAACGAGCUGCUGGGCUGGUACGGCUACGACAAAGUGGAGCUGCGAGAGUCCGAGGCCAACGAGAUCCGCAACUACCGCGAGAGGAGGCAACAUGUAUCGGUGCUCAAAGAAAACUCGGUGCCAAAAGCCAAAGAGUCCAAAGCCUGUGCCCCGCCCACUAUGAAUGGAGCAGACCGAGACGUGUCCAGUGUCCCAGUGUCGUCCUCCUCCACAUCCUCCUCUUCCUCCUCUUCCUCCUCCUCCAUCAGUGUUCCCAAAGAGCCCAGCAGUGCCCCGGUCAUCGUGCCACUCAUCAAGCCCUCUGCAGUGGAGGAGGCCCAUGCCGUGCAGAUUGUGUGUGUGUGGUGUCAGAAGGAGGGGGUGAAGCGCUACUCCCUUUGUAUGGGCUCCGAGCUCAAGAGCUUUUGCAGCGAGAAGUGUUUCGCCGCCUGCAGACGCGCCUACUUCAAACGCAACAAGGCCCGGGACGAGGACCUCCAGAGUGAGCGCUCUCCACAGCCUCCACUCACCGACGACUCCACCAGACUCGUGCUGAAGACAAACAGCUCUGUUCGGUCUUUGUCCCCUGUGUCGCAGGCCUGUGACUGGUGCAAACAUGUGCGCUACACCAAAGAAUACCUGGACUUCGGGGCGGGCGAGGAGCGUCUCCAGUUCUGCUCCACCAAGUGCCUCAACCAGUACAAGAUGGACGUGUUCUACAGAGAGGCCCGCGCCGCUCUCUCCACUUCCAGCAACGCCAAGUCCGACCCCGAAUCCAGCCCGAGCCGAGAGGGACAUUCUUCAGAAGGCAAAAACGGCACUCCUCAAAAGCUCCUCACUCCGGAAUCGUGGACUGGGAGCAACGGUGAAACCAAGCAUAGAAAAUUAUCGCCCAAAAUCACCAACGAAUCCUCUUUAGAAGCGAAACCAUCCGGGUCACGAACUUUAGAUAGAACCCCUCAAACGCAAACUCCUGUUCACCCUGCUACCAUAACCGCUACGCCCCACCCUAGCCCGGUCCCACACUUGCCUCCACGUCAUAUGGUAGACCACCCACACCCGCAUGGUCCUCCAAUACAGGCGUCAUUCAUUCGACCUCCCCUGCAUGCGCAAGGGCUUAAGAGUCCACUGACCCACCCAAUGCGACAUCCCGGUCCGCCCUCUAGCCCCAUCCACAGACACCCGCAUUCGCCCCACUUACAACCCCCCAUGAACCCGCCCGGUCUCAUGCACCCAUUCCCCGGAGCAUAUUUCCCAGGUUUGCAUUCUCCGCCGAUGAACAUGAUGCCGCGACUUCCGGUUCCGUCCGUUCCGCCAAUGCCUCCCGCUCAGGGACAAGGGCAGCCUAAGGAUACCAGCUACGGCGCUCCCUGCUGGUGGGGACAUGGAGCCGGCGCUGAAGAGGAGGUGUCUACGUCUACGGGAGCAAAACAAGUAAAACGUAUGGAGAUUCCUUGUGCUAUGAAUGGCAGUGCCAGAGAGAGCUCCCCCCAGUGGCCUAGCUCCUGUACUGCUCCUCCGCUCUGCCUGUGGAUCAGCAGGGCUCAGACCCCAUGUCCCGGACCAAAGAGGGCUUCUGGGCGAGACUCUUCAGAAACACAUUAA